CCUGGACCGCCGCACUCAUGGAUUCUUGGAAAUUUGAAAGUAAUGGCCGAGGUAGCAAUGGCAUUGCCUCGUCGUGUCCAUCCUCACGUAUUUCCAGCGCUGGUCAGGAGAAAACAUCGACUGGCUUCUUUCUUCUAUGUCGACGUGUGGCCGAUGAGCGACCCGUUCAUUGCUGUCAUGGAUCCGGACAUCUGUCAACAAUUCAGUGUGGAACAUCAGCCGCUGAAACACCCAAGUCUGAGAACAUUCCUCGAACCUCUGUGUGGCAAAGAUGACAUGCUCUCGAUUGAUGGAGCGAAGUGGAAGAAAUGGAGAUCAAUGUUCAAUCCCGGAUUCAGCACACAGCAUCUCACGACUCUGGUACCUGGCAUAGUCGACGACUGUCUCACUUACUGCGACAUAUUAUCGGAAAGGGCCAAAACGAAACAAAUCUUCCGCUUGGAAGAAGCGUCCACGCGACUUACCAUCGACAUCAUUGGCAAAGUAGUGCUUGAUCUACACUUCAACAUGCAACGCGGUGAUAACGAAUUCAUUCAAGCACUUCGAGAACAGGUCCACCUCUUACCCAACGAAGAUCAGGGAAUGCAUCCCCUCCAAAUGUGGCGACCAUAUGGCAUCUAUCGUCGAUGGAAGAACGACAGGUUCAUGAAACAAUAUCUUGGCAAACUUAUCGACGAAGAAUUUGCAUCCAAAGACAUCGCAACAAUCAAAAAGCAACGACGCAAGACCGUGCUCGACUUGGCAUUAGACAGCUACCUCUCCUCCAACACGCAUCCAGAAAAAGGCAUCGGCACCAAACCCAAAGCCCUCGACAAAACCUUCAAAGAAGGAGCCAUAACCCAAAUCCGAAUCUGCCUCUUUGCGGGCCACGACACAACCUCCAGCACAAUCUGCUACGCCAUGUACAUGCUCGGCAAACACCCCGAGGUCCUCCAACGUCUCCGCCUCGAACACGAAAAUAUCCUUGGCCCCAUAUCCCAAACAGCUUCCAACAUAAAAUCCGACCCCUACUCCCUCAACAAACUCGAAUACACCACCUGCGUCAUCAAAGAAGUCCUCCGUCUCUUCCCCGCAGCCUCCGCACCCCGAAACGGCCAAAAAGGUCUCUUCUUACACGACAAGAAAACCGGAGCGAAAUACCCAACAGAAGGCUACAUGAUCUGGCUCAUCCAUUACGGUCUAGGCCACAACCCGGAAGUCUGGGGCGAAGACUACAACACCUUCCGUCCCGACCGGUUCCUCCCGGAAAACGCCCACAAAAUCCCCGAAGGCGCCUUUCGAUCUUUCGAAAUCGGUGCUCGAAGCUGUUUAGGCCAGAACUUGGCGAUUUUAGAAACAAAGAUUAUUUUGGCUUUGAUUUGUCGGUCUUUUGAGUUUGAUGAUGGGAGUUUCUAUGCGAGAGAUCAGACGUUUCGGAUGGGGAGGCAGGAUGUUGAGGGGGAGGAGUUGUAUCAGAUUUUGGUUGGGGCGGCGAAGCCCAGGGAGGGGAUGCCUGUGCAGGUUAGGGAGGUGGAGUGGAGGGCGGAGUGA